GUCAAAAUAAUAAAAGAAAAUCUCUUUUUUUUCUCUCUCUAUAAUUUUUGUAUCUUUGAUACUGUCCAUUCUUUGAUUUUAGUCAUUCCCUCGAAAACCCAAUAACAUAAUGCGUUACCAAUUCGUCUCCGCCGCCAUUUUGGCCUCCAUCUCCUCCGUCUUUGCCCAAACCGCUGGCUUCGACGCCAUCUCUGUACCAACCAACGGUCAAGUUGUCAAGGUUGGAGAUGUUUUGGACAUCACCUGGGCUCCUAAUGCUCUCUCCGGAACUGUUACCAUCAAGCUCUUGGAGGGUGCCACUCCAGCUACCUUGAACUACGAUCCUGUCAUCGUUGCUAGUGAGUUUACUUCCUAUGAUUGAAGAAGAGGACAAUCGUGCUGACAAACAUACUUAGACUCCAUCAACAACUUGGAUGGACAAUACAAGUGGACCAUCCCAGCUUCCGUUGGCAGCUUCGAAACCUACGGAAUUGCCAUUAUCCUCGACUCUGAUGUCAACACCUUCCAAUGGUCCUUCCCAUUCAAGAUCCAACCCGCUGCUGCUUCUUCUUCAUCCAUCAUCGUCUCCACCACCGCUUCAUCGUCUGCAGCUGCCGCUGCCUCUACCACCUCCGCUGCUGCAUUCACCAGCAUCUCCGGUAUCCCAGGUGGAUGCAACCCAGCUCACCCAGGAUCAUGCCCAAGCUCCUACUUCAGCACCGCUCCAGCAUCAUCCACCACCGCUUCGUUCUCUAGCAUCUCCGGUAUCCCAGGUGGAUGCAACCCAGCUCACCCUGGAUCAUGCCCAAGCUCCUACUUCAGCACUGUCACCACAGCUACCUCUACCGCAGCUGCAGCUCCAACCGUUACCCCAGCCACCAAUGGAACUUCCUCCAACGCAACCUACAUUGCUCCUUCCGGUAGCAACGCUACCAAGACUGGUCCUAGCGUCGUUGAGGCUACUGGUGCUGCUGCAGCCAACAUUGCCACUGGUUCCUUCGCCUUGUUGGGUGGCCUUUUCGCCGCCUUUAUGUUGUAAAUCAUUUCUUUCCAUACCUUCAACAUUUCAGAUAUACUACAUAAUGCCAUGGUAAAUAUAUAUCAGCCUGCAACAUCGGUAGAUAGGAUUAUUUGCAUCGGGUUGCAAAUCUGGGAUUAUAGAAAUACAAGGGAUAUAUACAGCGUAUUGCGCGGCGUUAGACAGCAAUACAUCUGUCGUCGAGUUUGGUUUUUCGGUGCGAAUUUAAAGCUUCUGGUUAUAUAGGAUUAUAGGGUCAACAAUGUCAUGAUACACUUCUUCUACAUACCCGUUGUAACUUUUUGAUAGAGUUCCCGCAUGUUAUUGUUUAACGAUGAAUGGAUUGACUUUAGGGGAUCAUUGUUGAAGAGAUUUGACAUCUAUUAGAGUAAUGAUUGAAGUGAGCAUUUUU